AUGUCUGCCACCAGUGUUUCUGUGUUUGUCUCUUCUCCUGAUACGCAUUCGGAGCGGAAAUUCGACUUGCACACAACCAUCGGGCAGCUUAAGACUAGGCUUGAGCAUAUCACCGGCAUCACGCCCACCUCGCAAAAGCUCGUCCUCUCCCGCACUGAAGAUGGACAACAGAUCCGCGUACUGGACGACGACUCACGUCCUCUGGGGUUCUAUUCUCCCGCCGACUUCCAGACGAUCCAGGUCGUAGACUUGAACCCCAUGGGUCCGGCAGGCAUGUACAGCGAUGUUUCUCAGGUUGAGAAGUUCGAACUUUCGGAUGAGCAAUAUGCGAAGCGAGAUGAAUCGUUGCUCAAAUUCAAACAAGCCAACAAGUUUGGACGAUUCGCCGACGAGCAUCAGCAAGCCUCCGCACCAGCUGCCUCCACUGCAUCCUAUCCAGACAUCAAGGUGGGUGCCCGAUGCGAGGUAGAAAGCGAAGAAGAGGGCUUGCAGAAGCGAGGAACUGUACGCUUCUUCGGAUCGACAGCUUUUGGCAAGGGUACUGGCUUGUGGGUUGGCGUGGAAUACGACGAGCCGAUGGGGAAGAAUGACGGGAGUGUGCAGGGCCAUCGAUAUUUCACAUGUCCAACAAACCACGGUGCCUUUGUUCGGCCUGAAAGGGUGACUGUUGGUGACUUUCCCCCAAUCACAUUGAUAGACGAAGACGAGGAAAUUUAA